GGUUUCUGGGCCCGAGGGAGGGAAAAAUGGAAUGCGUUGUGCAAGGGAUCAUCGAGGCUCAGCACGUAGAAGCUCUGGAUGUGCUGCUGCAAGGCCUGUGCGAGGGACAGCGCGAGGCUGUCAAAACCCACGAAAUAUGCCUCAAGAGUAAGCCGAUUUCCUCUUUCGCGGAUUCUAGAGCUUUGGAAUCUCUUGAAACAGGCACCGUGGCUUCGGAGCUCCAUCUACUGUGUGAUCUCUCCAAGCGACCUCACAUUUGGACUGUGAAGCACAUAGGAGGAGCAAUGAGAGGCACUGGUGCCGAGCAGCUGCCCGCCUUGGUACGCAACAUUGUGGAGUCCAAGAUGAGCAACAAUGCGCUUCGUUUCUUCUACGCCGUUGGCUACAAGAUGGACUACGAGCUUCUCCGCGAUGGUUUUGCGUACCGCUUCCAGAGAGCCUUCCCGAUCACGGUCACGGUAACUUCAGUGUGUAGGCUUCCCAAGCAGCACUCGAUCGACGAAGCGACACCCGUCACUCCAAACAUCCAGCUCGUCGAGGUUACGGCUCCCGCUACCGCUGACAACUUUAGCGAUGUUGUCCCGGCAAUCUCCUCCUUUGCCGAGCACCUCUCCCCGCUUGUAAAUUUGUCCAAGCCUGGAAGCUUUGCAGGGAUCGUUUCCACGGCCUCCACGGCGGCGGCGUCAUUGCUUUCGCGAAGUGACAGGCUUGAGCAUCGCGUUUGAAUCAUUGCAAAGAUAUUUGGUUAUUAUAACGCGCUUUAACAUACAUACA